UGCCACAUUUUCUUAAAAUCACGGACAUAGGUAACUUAGCCAUAUCCACUUUUAGACACUGCUAGAUGGGAACUUGAAAUUAUGAUGGAGGUUUCUUGAUUCAAAUGUGUUCAAAUUUACAUUUUCCGUUAUCCUAAUAGUUAAUUGAAUAAGAAAAUGGAAGAUAAAAAAACAAGGAAACCUUGUUUAUCAUGUAAAAUCACUUCUGUUUGUUGUUUAUGUGGGAUUGGAGCAUACUUGAUCCACACUGGAAGAAGUUCCAAUGCUAGAAUGUCCUUGUAUUUACUAGGAAUUAGUAGCAUUAGUCUUGGCAUAGGCGAAAUCUUUGAUAAAUCACCUUUCAGAAAAUAAGGUUCUGAAUGCAUUCGAACCUCCGCCCAACAUCCAUCGCAGCACCCUUGAAACCCUCGACAACCGAUCCCUCCAAAGUCCACCGCCUGUGCGGUUUCUUCAUUCUGAAGAAAGAGCGAAAAAGAGGUCUGAUUUAAAAAGAGACGCCCAGCUCAGCGCGUGCACCACAUCCAGGCUUACUAGAUUGGCCAAUUGACAUCAAUUUAAAUCGCUUAGCAACGUCUUCGCUCGUUCUAGCUCGCGCAUUCUUGCAGUCUCUCGUCGAUCUCCAAGGUGUCUAGAUGUAUAUGGUAAAUACGGUUGGUGCCUUAGUUCAGUGAGACUUUUCGCCAAAACGGCCUUGGCUUCGGAUCAGCUCUUGUGCCGCAGAAAAGCAGUUCCUUUUCCACAGGGUGCUGGAAAUUCCUCUGUAAAUGGAUAUUGGUAGUAGAAUAAUUAAGAUGCCAAGCGUGGAUUGUAGUUUUUUGAGAAACCAUAGGCAGCGGGAGACGACCGGCAUCAAGAAGUUGUACAACUCGUUCUUCGUGAUGUUCUAAGUCCCUGUGAGCCUUUCAUCCCUGUGGCGUAGAGUAGCGAAAAUAGAGAACUUAGACAUUAGUAUGGAUUACCAGCUGUACGAGCAUCCGGAGAUCCUUCUCAGCGACAAUUCGGACAAUUCGAAGGGCUCGUGGAACGUCGACCACCAAGGGGACAUCUUCGGUGGUUGGAAGAUCGACGAGGGGGUGUCUGGGGGCAAGGGGGGCAAGAAGAGACGGCUUUCCGGCUCGGAUGGGGGGAAUGGCGGCAAGCAGAUGUACAGGAUGGGGAAGGAUCCGCUGUCGGUGGAGGCGAAAGUUGAUAUGAAGAAAGAGAAUGUACAGAAUGGUAUUUGUUUUUUUCCAGGCUCUGGAAAACUACAUUCACAUUGGCAAGUCGAAGAUUACACUGAUCUGAAUACAGACAUCGAUAGCUCCCUCAGCCUGGGAGGGAGUGAUUUGGUCAACAACCCAUAUACUGUAAGCGACAACCUGCUGUCCAUCAACGGCCUGACCGUCUUCAAGCAGGAGGCGCCGUCGCCCACGGCGGAGACUACGGCGCUGAGCGGCGCGGGACCGCGGGACCGCCCCCAGCGCAGCCCGGCGGCCGCCCACCCGCAGGCCGGGGCGGCGGGGCAUGGCGCCGGCGCGGAAGAUACUUCGAGCCAGACCAUGUUCAGCAACACGAUCAGCCAGCUGCUGAGCCAGAGCGGGCUGGUCGGGCUGCAGAAUGUCAUCGACGGUAACAGCUUGUCGUCUCCCACCUCCCAAGACAGCUAUGUCGUCUCGUCGACGAGCUACCACCCGAUAGACGACACGAGGUUCCAAUACGUGUUGGCGGCGGCGACCAGCAUCGCCACGAAGAGGAACGAGGACACCCUCACGUACCUCAACCAGGGCCAGAGCUACGAGAUCAAGCUGAAGAAGCUCGGCGAUUUGUCCUUUUACAGAGGGAAGUUGCUGAAAUCGGUGAUCCGCAUCUGCUUCCACGAGCGCCGCCUCCAGUACACCGAAAAAGAGCAGAUGCUGUCCUGGCAAAAGGCGCGUCCCGGCGACCGCAUCCUCGAGGCUGACGUACCGCUCUCCUACGGCGCCUACGACGUCAUCCAGCCCGCCGCGGCGCUCAACGUCGUCAGCUUCAGCUGGGAUCCCACCAAGGAGGUGGGCGUCUACAUCAAGGUGAACUGCAUCAGCACCGAAUUCACGCCGAAGAAGCAUGGGGGAGAGAAAGGCGUUCCGUUCAGGGUACAGGUGGAAACUUACCCCCAACAUGCGGAGUUCGGCGGUAGUCCCAAAUUACUCCAUGCGGCCGCUUGUCAAAUAAAGGUAUUCAAGCUGAAGGGAGCUGAAAGGAAACACAAACAAGAUAGGGAGAAAGUAUUGCGGAGGCCACAGACUGAACAGGAAAAAUUCCAGGCUAGCUGUGACUGUACUGUUUUGAAUGAUUUGCCAGGUGAUGCCCUAUCGUCGGCUUCACCAUCUCCCACCCCUGUUCACAUAGAGAAUAAUGUCGAAAGUAACCAUCAAAUACAAAAUAUACUGGUGCCAAGAAACGAAAAUGUGGAAGUUCCUAACAGUGUUUCACCUCGAAAUCCAAUUCCAUUGCCUCAGGAAAAGCCAGAAGUAGCAACUCAACUUGAUAUAACGAGUACUCAGCUAAACGAGCACUUUUCGCCAGAGGAAACCACCCACUGGUUGACUGCGAACAGAUUCGACAAGUACGUCGAAACAUUCGAACGGUUCUCCGGAGACGACAUGCUGAGAAUGUCCAAGGAGGAUCUGAUCCAAAUCUGCGGCGACGCGGACGGUAUACGACUGCACAACGCGAUCCAUCUGAAGACCAUCGCCCCGAAACUAAAGAUCUACGUGCGCCCCGACGACCCCGCCGCCGUCUUCACCGCCAUCUUCCUCUCAUCCCACAGCCGCCUCGAACUGACGCGCAAACUCGCCGCCGUAGCAGGCGUACCACAAACGCGCGUGCGCGACGUCCACGUCGAAGGACCGCACGGCGUUCGCGUCCACCUCAGCGACGACCUGUUGCGCCACGUGCGCCACGAGGCCAUGUUCCAGCUGCAGCGCGAGGAGGAGGAGAAGGGAGAUGAGGGGAUGGGAGGGUGCGUGUUGCUGUUGAAACGGUUCAAGUGAGGGGGCGCGCAUGCGUGGCGACCUCUUGCGCCAAAGGUGGCUUGAGGUAGUGUUCGCGUUGCAAUCGGUGGGGGAUAUACGGGGUGAUCUACGGUGGAUGGCUUAUUUGAAGUAUGUGGAGAACGAAAAGAGAGAACAUUCUGGAAAUUGGGAUGCUUAUUGAAUAUUUUCAUCGAUACAGUGUUGCCACUUCUAUCAGAAACAACUAGCAACUUUGUUAUAUCAAAUGGAACACCCUGUAUUUCACUGUAUUUUCUGAUUCUUCCCGAGAAGCUGAUUUCAUCAAUGCAUCACACUUGGGGUCUAGCAGGAAUGAUUACAGAUAUACAGGGUGGGCCACCAGUAACGCCUCGUUCUCUAGAAGGCUAACCACUUAUCUUCUUGGAAUUCUUCCUCUCUAGGAAGUUGCAUGUCAACAUAGGCCACCAUUUGAAAUUAUUUUGAAACAUACAGGAUGUCGCCAAAAAUCACAAAACACUGAAGUUGAACUUUUUUCAAUCGAACGCCCUAUAUAUUAUUUCAUUUUGAGAUUCUCCCUGGUGAGCUGAUUUCAACAAUCUAUCAUACUUGGGGUCUAGCAGUUAUAAUUACUGAGAUAUAGGGUGUGAGAAAUCGAGAUUUUCCAAGUUCAAGAAUUUUUUGUGUCUAAACCAUUCAUAAUUGGUCGAAACGGCUCACAUGUCCCUAUCUCAACUUUUGAUCAACUAUCUACUGACAUUUAAUUGAAACAAAUACAGGGUGGUGCAGAAUUCAGAAUCUUGAUCACUCGGUAUAUGUCCCAAUUAAAUAUCAGUAGAUAGUUAAUCAAAAGUUGAGAUAGAGACAUGUAAACCGUUUUGACCAAUUAUGAAUAGUUUCGACACAAAAAAUUCUUGAACUUGAACACCCUAUAUUUCAGUAAUUAUAACUGCUAGACCCCAAGUAUGAUGGGUCGUUGAAAUCAGCUCAUCAGGGAGAAUCUCAAAAUGAAAUAAUAUAUAGGGUGUUCGAUAGAAAAAAGUUUAACUUCAGUGUUUUAUGGUUUUUGGGGACACCCUGUAUGUUUCGAAAUAAUUUUAAAUGGUAGCCUAUGUUGACAUGCAACUUCCUAGAGAGGAAGAAUUCCAAGAAGAUAAGUGGUUAGCCUUCUAGAGACCGAGGCGUUACUGGUGGCCCACCCUGCAUAGGGUGUUCAAGAUUUUUCAAUUUUAGGAUUUUCUGUGUCGAAACUUCAUUAUUGAUCGAAACGGCUUGAUAAGCCAAAGGUCUCCUUUUUUUGCGAAGUAAUGAAUGAAGUACUGUGGAAGCAUUUACUGUAGGGGCCGUUAGUGAUUCGCUAUUUCAAUUGUUUGUUUUUUUUUCAGGGUUUUCUGAAUUGCUUUUGCAUGGAUUAUUUGUAGCGCUCUGUCUAUUUUGCAUCCUGUCCCUAGAUGAACCAAUUCAGGUAGUAUUGAAUUGGUGUGGUUCAAAUGAACUGGUGCUAAAGGGUUGCCAAUUUGCGCGUUGUUACGCAAAUCAUAGGUGUGGGAAAUUAGAAUUCGGUGCGAGUUAUUGCAGCCAUUUCAUUUUCUCGUAUGCUCUAUUAGACAGAGCAGUCAUUGUUUGUGCUUUGACAUUUCAAGGGUUAUGAAAUUCAUUAUAAAAUAAUAAUACAAUGAGUCAUUGUGUUUUCAGAUAAGACAGUAAAAUAGGAACAAUUUUGUGUUGAAAAAAAAAAACUAUUUUUUUAUCAUUCUUGCGUGGGAUAUUUUUCAUGAGAAAUCUGUCUUGAUAUUGAUAUUUUGAAGAUGUUCGAGAGUGAAUCAAUGAAGACCAUUUGGCAACCGUGCGGGGUGAUGCUCUAACCGCUUCAUGAGAGUUGAACCCAGCCGGUUCAACUCAGAAGUUUUCCGUAGGACACUGUUCAAUUUCUAUUAUUAUUAUUAUUGGUAUUAUUACUACAUUAUCAUUAGGUCGCUUACUAGUAUGUAGUGUUAGUUGGACUGAUAUAAACUAUUAUUUAGACCGCUAGAUGUCCCAUAUCCCAGCAACCCGGAAACUUCGUUCAUAUUACUCGCCUGAAAACGUUCCUACUCAAAGCUUUGGAACUUUCAAACUAUUGUACAUGACAGCGAGUCAUGUUUCUUGCUGUUCGGAAACCUAAUUGAGAGUGAAUUAGAUAUGUGACUGAUAUGAUGCACAUGAUUCAUAUGUAGGAAUCUAUUAUACAAAUCAUUUUCAGUCGAUUGCACCCCUGUGAUGCUAAAGGUUUACGUGACAAAAAUUUCGUUAGGACGGUGAGAAUAAACACUUGUUUUCUUUCUGUUACCACAUCCAGUUAGGUGUAUGUCAACGAACGAGGAUAUUUUUCGAUAACAUUUGUUAUUAUUGCCAAUACAGUGUGUCCCACUUACCAUGCUCACCAUGGGUAUCUUUUUAACGGUGAGAGAUACGAGGUCGGUUAAAUGACACCAAAUGUGGAGUUUGUCAAGGCCAACUAUAAUUUGAAAAAAUAUU